GGCUUUCAAGCUAUUUAAGCCUCCCAAGUAUACCGGAGUCCUUACGCGAUCGCGCUGUCUCGUGAAGUGGUUAAUAUUUGGAAGCCCAUCAGCUACGCUACAGAUAUGCUACGUUAAAGGAACGGCAAAAACUCAAGAAAUGGUUGCAUAACCUGCAAACUACGGCACGUGAAAUGCGACGAAACAAAGCCAACAUGCGAACAGUGUGCUCGUUGCGGCCAAAAAUACGAUGGAUAGGUGGACGCAACCCAGAAGCAGCUACGGGAGAGAGUGGCCGAAUCAUACCCUCAACAGAUGAGUGCAAACAGAUGUCUAGUGCUAGUACCAGGCACACGAGAGGAGCGAGAAAACCGCAUCUUCCCGUGGAGCCGCGAGUGCCUGGGGAUCGUCAUCGGCCUUUUAACACGAACUUUCUCAGCGGGCCAACCGACAAUCCUCAGAAGGUUCAGCUCACUUGGAAAUCAGAUACGGGGGAUGAAUGGGUACAUCAAAUCGGUUGUGUCUGGUGGUAGACGGCUUUAAUAUCCCCAAAACGAAUGACAGCAAUUUGUACACUUC